GUCAAAAGUCAUUUCCCACUUCCGCGUUGUCAGAUAUGGAAAGAAAUACUCAUCGAUAAGCGAUUUUUGAGUUUAAAGUUCUUGUCGACACCACCGGUAUGUUGGCAGUGACUGUUUGUAGUCGGUGCUCUUCUUUUAGAAUAUAAAACUUGUCUGUUUUGACUUGUGAAUAUAGUUAAAGUGACCUGCAGACUUGUUAGGUUUAUGACAGAGACGGUUACUAAUUUACCUCACAGCUAGCCACAGCGCUAACGUUAGCUCACUCAUUUGUAGUUCAGAGAAAGUGGAUAGAUGAGUCACUGAACCGGCUAACUUCAUUCUGUGAUAAGAGGAUUAACUUUUUUAUAGUGUGUACACUUCUGUGAAAUAGCAGUGUUCUUCGUUUUAUUCACGGUUUUGUUUUGCUGUGUUGUGUUGACUCAGGAAUAUUCGGUUUCGUUUGUGUUUGACAGGAGCCCCCCCCUCACGAGACCAGGCAGGAAAACAAAGGCCGGGUCGGAGCUGGGAUGUCAUCUGACGCCCCUCUAUAGCUGAUCUGCUGAUAGUCAACCCCUCAAUCACCUCCAUCACCACUACAACCAGAAUGUCUCUUGGUGACAACCCUCAUCUGCUGCUCGGCAGGAUCCGCUUCCUGAACAGGUGUAUCGAGUGUUUCCGAAAGAGUGAGCCGGUCCCGGAGUGCCUGUGUUAUGUACCGAAAGAGGUGUGCUACAAAAUCUGCAAGGAUUCAUCGUCCUCGACCUCCGCCUCAUCUGGAGCAUCUGCAGGAGGCUCGACUGUGGGGAAAACACUGGUGUCCGUCUUUGAGAGUCCACACCAGACUCCACAGAUCAAGAAGCUGUGCAAGUACAACAUCGAGCCAAAGAAAGGGACCUGCAUCCGGACCACAGGGGAGGAAUACUGCAACAGCCAGGGCCUGUGGGUCAAAAUCAACAAGGUAAGACUCUCGGUCUCACUCCCAGGUAGGGCUGUCCCCAUACUAUUUUUUCACUUCCGAUUAGGGCCCGACCGAUAUGGAUUUUUAGGGCCGAUGCCGAUGCCGAUACCGAUUAUAAGGGGGCGAAAAAAUCUGAUUACCGAUUAAUCGGCCGAUUUUUAAAAAAAAUGAAGUUAUAGAAAUAUACAUACUGUAGAUAUCGACAGUAGGCUAUAAUCUGUGGAUUCCAGAGCCUGGGACCAGCGACUGAAAAGACUCUGUCACCCCAGUGUUUGUGUUUUGACCGGAGCACCUCCAGCAGAAGUUGAUUUGACGACCUCAGAGCUCUACCCGGCUCCCGAGCGGUUAAAAGCUCAGUGAAAUAGAUGGGGGCGAGGCCGUUAAGAGCUUUAAAAAGAAACAUUAAAAGUUUAAAAUCAAUCCUAAUAGAGACGGAAAGCCAAUGAAGGGAGCUGAGGACAGGAGUGAUGUGUUAGAAUGUCUCUGGGCGGCAAACUCACAUCGGCUCUAAACCCAAACCCAAAUACAGUGAAUUAUAUAAUUUCUCAUCUUUUUAAACACAUCAUGUUUCUAAUCAUUAAACCUUAAUGACUUUAUGAUUUUGAUCACUAUGAUGUACGACUGUGACCAGGAUCAGCUGGAGGAACAGCGUCCAGGUCUAGAAUUGGAGGAGGGCUGGAUCUUGGUGUGUAAACACACAGAAGGAGGCGACAGGCUGGUGCCGGUAGAGUCUCCAGAGACGAUCAGCAGACAACAGCAGCUCUUCGGCUACGACCACAAGCCUUGCAACAGGUGGGAGCAGGUGGUCAACGUGGAGAAUGCGCUUUACAUCGGCUCUAAACCCAAAGUGGCCGAGUGUGAUGAUGCCGCCGUCCAGAAGCUGAGGUAAGAAUAUUUACAUCAAGAAAAACCAAGAGGCCAAGACAGAUUGACUUUGGAUUUCAUUCACGCAGAAAGAGAUUGUUGAAUUAGCUUCUGUUCAUCAAAUCCUUCAGGUACGUUCCCCCUACCUGGACUUAUGAAUGUGAUGAGGACCUGGUGCACUACCUCUAUGACCACAUAGGAAAAGAGGAUGAAAACCUGGGGAGUGUGAAGCAGUGUGUGACCAGCAUUGACGUCUCUUCAUGCUCUGUAAGUCGUUGUUUUUGUCCUUUUUCCCUCUCUCCCGGAAUUUAAAAGUCUUAAUUUGUAAUAAAAGGACAUGAUUUAUCUGCUGACAGGAGGAUCCCAGCGGAGGAGCGAGCUGUCUGACGGAUGGCGACACUGAAACCUACUGGGAGAGUGACGGCAUGCAGGGACAGCACUGGAUCCGCCUGCACAUGAAGAGAGGCACUGUGGUCAAGUAAGGACCGCGCUGAAAUCAGAGCGUUUCCUGAUUGACAGAUUAGUGAUAUGCAUUAAUUUUACUAACAUGUACAUUGUCUUGUCUUUCCAGUAAGCUGAUUUUGACGGUGGACUCCACAGACGACAACUACAUGCCCAAGAGAGUUACAGUGUAUGGAGGAGAGGAGCUCAAUCUGAAGAAGCUCAGUGACGUCACCAUUGAUGAGUGAGACUUUAUCUGCAUGACUCACAAAAAUACAUUUAAAGAGGUCUGAAACUGUGAAACUUGUACCGCUUGUGUUGUACUAAAGUAUCAAUCAGAUACACUUAGGAGUAAGUAUCUAAUAUUUAGAUCUGCGUUUUAACUCUGAAUAUAAGCAGAUAUGGACUCUACUUGAAGGGAGUUAUCUUGUUUUAUUCCUUUUUUUUUUUUAAACUUUCUUUACCCAGAAGGUCCUCUUGGUAUUUUGACCAUCCUGGAUAAAAAGAUCCAGAAAGAUAAAACAAGAUUUAGAUUUGUCAAUGAACCCUCUUACUGAUACAGUAGACUAGACUUAUUAGAUACUUUGGGUAAAAUGUGAAUCUUUUGUCUCUUGUGUGCCAUCAGCAACCUGAUUGGAGAGGUGUGUGUGCUGGAGGAUAUGACCGCUCAUCUGUCUGUGAUCGAGGUUCGGAUUGAGGAAUGUAGAGGUGAAACUUUUCAGCAUUUUUUCCUCAUAUUUCAUUUAGUAACUAUUAUUUAAGAAUCCUGCACUGUACACAGGGCUCUUCAGCAGCAAAAGCGUCAAAGUGAACCUGUAACUGUAACUGAGACAUUUUUUUCUCUCUAUUGGCUCUACAGAUGAGGGGAUAGAUGUCCGGAUCCGGGGCUUGAAGAUCAAGUCUUCCUGUGAGAGAGACCUGGGUCUGAACGCUGAUGUUUUCCAGUCCACUAACCUGGUGCGCUACCCUCGUCUGCAGGGCAACACGCCUGAUGUCUUGUACCGCAGAGCACUGGUCAUCCAGAGGUUAGUCACACCCUCUCAUCUCAUGACAAGAGGAAAUAUAAAGAAGUGAAAUGUGUUUGUUAUUUAGUUAUUGCUGCUUUUUUUGACUAUAUUAGGAGAUGUUUGUCCAGUACAUAACAGGGUUAGCAUUUUAUGUUGGAAGCUCUCUUUUGCUCAACCAUCAAUGCCGUCACAGUGAUUUUUCAACUGUUUCAAUAUCAAAAUUUCACAUCCAUAUCCUGUCUGGGGACCUGUUUAUCUUUGUUGUAUUAAUGUGCGAAUAACGUUCAAAUUUCUGCUAAAAAAAAACAAACAAAAAUCAAAUCAAAGUCAUUUUGUGUCUGUAGGUUCAUCGCCCUCCUGGACUGCGUGCUCCCACACUUGGUACCAGCCUGGGACUACAGUUUGGGGACCUUCAACCAGAUCAAAGUAGGUCAGAUAAAUAAUGGUGGUAUGAGAUAGAGUCCGGUUCAAAGAUAGGAUUGUAUUCUUGUGUCAGAGCUGCUCUGUCAUUGUUUAAAACAGCACUGGAAGAGCAAAAAUAGCAGAUGUCUAAGUUUAGGUUGAAUUAACUUCCAUAAACGGUGGCGAGUGUUUCCUCAGUGCUCUCUAGUAUCUGACUCGUGCUCUCUGGCGCCCUCUAGAGCAUAAAGCAGUUCCUCCUGCUGUCCAAACGGCGCUCGGCCCUCAUCACUCAGUGUCUGAAGGACUCUGAGACCAGCAAGCCAAACUUCAUGCCUCGACUCUACAUCAACCGCCGUCUGGCCAUGGAGCACAGAGACAACCCGUCUCUGGACCUCAGCUGCAAGAACGCCGUCUUCAACCAGGUACUGGACAUCUCUGAGCAGUGACAUCACUUCCUCUCAGUCAAAAUGAAUCACAAUUUUUUUUUUUGUUACCACUGCUUUUAAACUUCCCGUGAGAAGCUUUUACUGAUCAUACGUUUGUCCUCUGCAGGUCUAUGAGGGUCUGAAGCCAUCAGACAAAUUUGAGAAGACUUUGGACUACAGGUCUGUAUCUCUGGCUUGUAUGUUGGAAAAUUCAUCCUGGUUAUGACUCAAGUCUAAAUCUCCCAUCUUCCUCUCUGUUUUUUGUUUAGGUGGCCGGCUCGAUAUGACCAGUGGUGGGAGUGUAAGUUCAUCGCAGAGGGCAUCAUCGAUCAGGGAGGUGGAUUUCGGGACAGCCUGGCAGACAUGUCUGAGGAGCUCUGCCCAAGCUCAGCUGAAUGUCCCAUGCCUCUGCCGUUCUUCAGCCGCACGUCCAACCAGGUAAAGAGCCGGUGAAAUUUCCCACAAACAAGUAGUCUGCACCUUUUGUCUUUGUUUUUCAUUAACCUUUGACCCCUCCUUGUCUCUCAGGGCUCGUUAGAAGCCAGAGAUUACUACGUCCCAAACCCGUCCUGCAAGGAGUUCCACAAGUACGAGUGGAUCGGUCAGCUCAUGGGAGCUGCUCUCAGAGGAAAAGACUUCCUGGUGAGUGAUUCAGACUCUCUGCUUGCUGUAGGUUCACCUUGACACCACAGAGAGUACGAAUAGGUUCGAGGGGAGACCUGGUGUGUGAUUUUCUGUGUCUGAUCCUGCAGGUCCUGGCUUUACCCGGGCUGGUGUGGAAGCAGCUGAGCGGAGAGGCUGUCAGCUGGAAUAAAGAUUUCCCGGCUGUAGAUUCUGUGCUGGUGAGGAGAUUCAGUUUAUUACACCAACAAUCAAAUUUAUGUACAUUUGAGUCCUGAAACUGGAGAUGAAGCUCUGCAGAAUGAGUUUUAAACAUAUUCAAUCAGAAACAUGAUUUCACAGAUGAGCUGACAUUUUUUAUGUUUUGUGUUUGGUACAUUGUUGAUGUUUCACCAGCAUCUCAGCUGUUUGUAUUAAUUAGAAUUUACUUUAAAAAACGAACAAAUUCUAGUAUUUGCACUUUGGAUUUAUCACUUGGCUGUGAUCGUGUUCACUAGCUCCUUUCUCGUUUCUUUAAUUAAACCCUUCUUUUCUAAGUCCUCGUCUAAAGUGUAAUUUCUCUGUGUCCUCAGGUGAACUUGCUGGAGGCCAUCGAGAACAUGGACCAGGAAACGUUUGAGUUCCGGUUUGGCGAGGAGCUGGUCUACACCACCCUGCUGAGCGAUGGCCAAAUGGUGGAGCUCAUCCCUGGUGGCAGUAAUGUUGCUGUUCGCUAUGAGGACCGCAGCGAGUUUGUCCGUCUGGUGCAGAAGGCUCGACUAGAAGAGAGCAAGCAGCAGGUGAGACGAUGUGUUUCUACCUCCGGAGUGGUCAGAUUUACUUUGACGUCUUUAAUCUUUACUAUGACCUCUUUGUGAUGAUGAUGUGUAGAGAGGUACUGAUUCACAUGUGAACCUGCAGGUGUCUGAUUUUGUAUUUGUGUGUUCCAGAUUGCAGCCAUGCAGGCGGGGCUGCUGAAGGUGGUCCCUCAGGCUGUGAUGGAUCUGCUCACCUGGCAGGAGGUGGAGAAAAAAGUGUGUGGGGAUCCUGAGAUUACUGUGGAAGCCCUGAAACGUCUCAGUGAGUGUUCAUACUACAGUUUUUGACUCUUAGAGAAAAAUAUGUUUUAUUUUAUUGAAGGCUUUAGGCUUGUUUUUGGUUGCAAAAUGAUACGUUUUGGUAUAGUUUUGGGGUUGUCAAGUCAGGUUAUUGUUUAAUCCACCUGUAGGUCAAACUCAGCAUAGAGUAACAAAACCUCAUAGCACCAUCUCUUAAGAAGCUGCAGACUUCUUUACCUGAGGGAGUUUUUUAAAUGCUUGGCUGUGAACUUUUUUUUUUGUUGAACACUAAAGUGCUGACUCUUCAUCUUAACACUGAAUCUCUUUGUUGCUUCUGCCUCUCCUUCAGCUCGGUAUGAGGAUCUGGAACAAAGUGACGUCAGAGUGCAGUACUUAUGGGAGGCACUGACUAACUUCACCAAUGGUCAGUUCACUCUUUAUACAACAUUUCAUAUUAUUUAUAGUAUUCUCUGAAACUUAAUAAUGACUUCAAUCGAGAGCACUACAAUACUGACUGAUAUUAAAUCCUGUUUUCAGAGGACCGCAGCAGGUUUCUGAGGUUCGUAACUGGUCGAAGUCGUCUUCCUGCACCUAUUUAUGUCCUCCCUGACAAACAAGGGUGAGUGCAACAACCCUCAAAAUUCAGAUUAUUUAAGAUUACAGAUUAAUUAGUCUUUGCUUUUGGAUUUUGCACUUCAUUUUCCUCGUUUUGAUAUGUCUGCUUUCUUAUUUAGCUCUGAAACAACAGAUGCACUUCCACAGUCCUCCACGUGUUCCAGCACUCUCUACUUACCCAACUACCCAAGGUAAAGACUAAUGAUCUGUUUUAUAAUAUGUUACUGAAUAUUCAAAGGCACAUUUAAAAUACUGUUUUGUGCACAUGUACUGUAUGCAUUACUAUACAAAUAUGAUUUGUUUUAUUGUUUCUACUCCUAAACAAGGCAAUUACAAUGUUCUUAUAUCUUCAAGUUUGAUGAUUCUACAGGAAAUCAACUCACACAAGCGCUUCUGUACAUCUUUAGUUUUAUAGAACUAAUUUUCAUUGGGACCGUAAUGUUGCAUUUGUCAUCUCAAAUCUCUAUUUCUUUUUUUCCUGCAGUGCAAAAGUUUGUGAGGAGAAACUACGCUAUGCUGCGUACAACUGCGUGGCCAUCGACACAGACAUGAGCCCAUGGGAAGAGUGAUCUUUGCUGCAUCAUUACACAAACCGCUCAUUUCACCAAUCACUGAUAAAUGGAGAAAGCUUGCCAAGUCUGUCACCAUAUCUACACAACUGCCAAUUAAUCCUAGCUGUAUAUAAUAAAGAACUAUAUGGAAACAUGGA